ACUUACUGAUUUGGUUUAAAGUUUAAAAAAAAAGGGUGAACAAUGGUCCAAUCGCUCAAGUCACCGGUUUGAUAAAAGAAAAAUCGCGUAUUUGCCUCUUCUGUUGGGAAGCAUGCACGCAUGCCUUCGAGGAUCAUGUGCAAGUUAUGUAACAUUCAAGUCACCCACCGUACAUCAGUAAAAAAAAAAAAAACUUUGGUUAAGGGCGUUUUGUAAUUAUUAACAUCGUAAUGAUAAAGCUUAGCUCGGUCAGGGCAGAGCACUCUCCACUUCUCCUUCGCGGAAGCUCAUCUUGGUGACCGCCGAAGCGACCCAAAAUGAAGUUCGACAACAUACUCUCGGAGAUCGGCGGGGUGGGGAAGUUCCAAAUUAAGUUAAUCUUGAUCCAGGUCCUAUCUCGAAUCACGUUGCCCGCUCACUUCUUGUUGAAUAACUUCAUGGCGGCGGUUCCGUCUCACCACUGCAACAUCAGCACCCUGGAUGACUUCAGCGUCUCCUCAAAUUUAACUUGGGAAGAGAAGCUGGCGACCGCCAUUCCUACAGAGGCGGACGGAACGCUGAGCUCCUGCCUGAUGUUCUCCAAACCUCGACCUCCGCACCCGCUGAACAGCAGUGAGGACUCGACCGCUGUUCGCUGUCCAAAUGGAUGGGUGUACAGCAAAAGAGAUUUCCAAUCCACAUUGGCGACGGAGUGGGAUCUUGUGUGCAGCAGGAAAGGUUUGAACAAGGCAACGGCCACCAUCUUCUUCAUCGGGGUUAUGUUAGGAGCUCCUUUGUUUGGAUAUCUUAGCGACAGGUUUGGCAGACGACGGCUGCUCCUGGUGUCCUAUCUGACUACCGUGACGUUUGCCGUGCUCAGUGCAAUCUCCACGUCUUACGUAAUGUUCGCAAUUAUGCGUUUUUUUACCGGGAUGUCCAUUUCUGGAAUAAGUAUCAUCUCUAUUGUUCUAAACAUCGAGUGGUUGGGCGUGGAACAGAGGACGCUCUUUGGUGUCAUCUUCAGCCUCGAUUGGACACUUGGAAAUGCCGUCCUGGUCGGAAUUGCGUACAUGAUAAAUGAGUGGAGGCUCCUCAUUUUGGCCGUGACCUCGCCCCUGAUAUUGGCCCUCGUUGCUUGGAGGUGGCUUCCGGAGUCCGGGAGGUGGCUCGUGGCUAACGGGAAGGUUGACGAUGCCCAUUAUUACAUUAAUCAGUGUGCAGAAAUGAACAACAGAUCCAAGUGCAUGGCCGACAUUACGCCAAGGAUGUUACUGGAAUCCGUGGACACCGACACCGAAGACAACAAGUACACUUUUGUCGAUCUUUUCAAAACUGCAAACAUGAGGAAGCUUGCCGUAUGCUCUGGGAUUGUAUGGUUCGGGGUCGCGUUUACUUACUACGGGAUAACUCUGAAUAUCAACCGCUUUGGAUUAAAUCUGUACCUCACUCAAUUCAUAUUUGCGACCAUCGAACUGCCGAUGAAAGUUGGACUUUAUUUCUUAUUGGAAAAUAUCGGGAGAAGGAUGGCUCAAUCCGGAGCCUUGCUCUCGACCGGACUCUUCCUUUUCAUCAACUUGUUUGUCUCAAAAGAUAAGUGGCUCAUUCGUACGGUUGUCGGAGUCCUGGGCAAAGCCGUGUCAGAAGCGUCGUUCACCAUCAUAUUCUUCUACACAAUCGAAUUAUAUCCCACGGUCAUACGGCAAAACGGCGUAGGCUACACUUCCUUUGUGGCGCGACUGGCCGUGUCCAUAUCGCCACUGGUUAUGUUUCUUGAGGACCUUUGGCCUCUCCUGCCCCACAUGGCUUACUGCGGAAUGGCGGUCCUGUCUGGUUUCGUGGCCUUGCUCCUGCCUGAGACGCGAAAUACCAGGAUGCCGGAGUUCAUUGAAGAUAUCGACAAACCAAGGGUCAGUCUGGUGUCCGUCCAGGCCAUCCAAAGUGAGGUGCUUGGCGAAGCAGUUCAGGAGAUCGGCCAGGACGCCAAGCACCAGGGUCUUUCCGGGACCGUUCAGGCAGGCGAUGACAAACCAAUAGCAAACCAGGAACCAGGCAAGAGGAUGAAGUUCGAUGACGUGCUCGCCGAAGUGAACGGCUUCGGGCCCUUCCAGUUUACGCUGAUUCUGGCGCUGGUGAUUCCUCGCCUGAGCUUGCCGUUUCAAUUUCUGCUGAACAAUUUCAUCGCGUUUAUUCCUCCUCACCACUGCAACGUCAGCGCUUUCGACGAUGGGGGACAUUUUAGCGGUCUCUCCGACGAGGAGAGGCUGGUCGUUAGUAUUCCAGUCCAGGCCGACGGGACUCUGAGUCCCUGUCAGAUGUUUGCGCAGCCUCAAUAUCAUCUGUUGCUGAACUCCUCCAAUACUACAAUGCUACCUACAGCUCUUUGUCAGAACGGAUGGGUGUACGAUACAUCCAGCAUGAAGUCAACUCUGGCCACAGAGUGGGAUCUGGUGUGUGAGAGAAAGAGAGUGAACAAAACCACGGCCACCAUCUUCUUCUUGGGCGUCAUGCUUGGUGCGGCCGUGCUUGGCAAUCUCAGCGACAGAUUUGGCAGGAAAUCAAUGCUGUUGGUGUCCUAUCUCACCACCCUGAUCUUUGGAUACGGAAGUGCUCUGGCGUCUAACUACGCCAUGUUUGCAGUCAUGAGGUUUUUUGCCGGUUUUGGAAUGUCUGGAAUCAGCGUAAUCAGCGUGGUUCUCUGCAUAGAAUGGGCGGACAUCAAGCAUCGGUCUAUGGUGUUGAUUUUCCUGAGCAUGGACUGGAGUUUGGGCAGUUCGCUGCUCGGUGGUCUGGCCUAUUUAGUCAAUGACUGGAGGUACUUGAUAGCCGCCUCGACCAGCCCGCUCUUGCCCGGAAUCAUUUAUUGGUGGUGGCUGCCCGAGUCUUCCAGAUGGCUGAUAAGCCAAGGGAAGGUUAAUCGUGCUUAUUUUUACUUAAACAAGUGUGCAAAGAUAAACCGGGGAGGGCAGUUUAUGGAUGACCUAAAACCUGAGGGUUUGUCAAAAAUCAUUGCGGUGGAAAACGAGAAGAGAAAAUAUUCCUUUUUGGAUCUGGUGAGGACUCCCAGGAUAAGGAGAGUGACUCUCAUUUCUGGGGCUGUGUGGUUUGGAGUAGCUUGCAGUUAUUACGGAAUCAGCUUAAAUGUUGCUGGAUUCGGCGUGAACAUUUUUCUCACACAGUUGGUCUACGGCGUCUGUGAAAUCCCCGCCAAAGUUUUUUGCUUCUUUUCCCUGAACAAACUCGGGCGAAAGGUGAACCAGACCGGUGGACUUCUCCUGACCGGCCUGUGUUUGCUCGCCAACAUAGUAAUCCCGCCUGAUAUGGCGGCAUGUCGGACGGGGGCGGCCGCACUGGGCAAGAUGUUUUCUGAAGGGGCUUUUACGGUUUUGUAUUUGUACACAACGGAGCUCUAUCCCACGGUAUUGAGGCAAAACGGUGUCGGCUGCUGUUCCUUCCUGGCCCGUCUCGGCGUGGCGGUAUCGCCUCUGGUGGCUCUUCUGGAGGAAGUCUGGGUUGGCUUACCGAGACUCGUGUUUUCAAUAAUGGCUUUAGGCGCCGGCAUGUUGACCAUGCUUUUUCCCGAGACAAAUAACACCCGCCUCCCGGAGACGAUUGAAGAUGUGGAACGGACAAAAAGCUCGGAGAACACGUCGAACAAGAAUGCGCCGCAGUAGUUUGCAAUUGCAGCGGGUAAAAAGAAACAAAAUUCCUUUACAAUGAACAACGGUCUUUGAUAACUCUGUAGAUCACACAUCAUAAUGUUGCUAUGCUUCGUUGGAUGAUACAAUAAAGAUUCAGAAACACAAA